AUGGCGGCCGAUAUUCAGCAAACCCCCUUUAUUAAGCAAUUAGCGGCUAGUGCAAACCCUCUCCCCCAGCAGCGCCUGUCCAAAUCUCUCGCUUCCCUUCUCCUGGCCCUCCCAACUCAUGUGUUCAUCCCUUUUCUCUCCGCCUUCUUCCAAACGAUUAUCAAUUACUGGUCAUCCAUCCCCGCGCUUCGGCUUGACAAGUACCUCUUCCUAAUUCGCCUAUACGUCUUGGACUCGUUCGUCUAUCUUUCCCGGAAGGGUUGGGAUAAGGACCUCGUCGAUGCAUGGAGGGGGAUGUUGGUGGGAGAGCAGGCAAAGGGAUCGAACGGAGAGUGUGCAGGCGUGAUGGACCCAAUGGACCAAAAGAUUGGGGACGGGCUGAGAUAUCAUUUGUUGGAUGUCUGGGUCGAUGGGCUGGUGAAUUCCGUGGACUGGGCCGUCGGAGUGGAAAGGGGAAUCAUGGGGCCGAUUGAGGGACUGGCGAAGGAAGGGCAGGGAAGGACGGUGAGGGAGAGGGCGAGCGAUGUUUUGAGUGAUGAGAGGCUUUUGGGGGACGCUAAGGUUGAUGGCGUUGAUUUGAUGGCGGUCCAGGAGGAUGACGGAGAAUUCGGAGGAUUUGAGGAUUGA